UCGUAGCAUCAUCGCACUCAUUGUACGUCGGCUGCUGAUGCUGAGCAGUGGCGGAGAAAAAGCCCAGGGCCAUGGAUACGGUUUUAAAAACCUUAGGCCUUAAUACAUUGUGGAGGUUAAUUACACGCUCUACUGUCUACUAAGAUAAUGAGGAAGAGGAAGAACUGGAAACCUCGGGAGGGCCUCUGUUCAUGUCUAUGAAGUCUCUAUGAAAGCAUUGGAGGAGCUGUAGUAUUUGACUCAAUGGCGAAGAAGGGGCGUACCAAGGGCGAGAAGCCCGAAGCGCUCAUCUCUGCCCUACAGGCAGCUAACGAAGAUCUCCGGUCCAAACUGACUGACAUUCAAAUAGAACUGCAUCAAGAGAAAUGCAAGGUGAGUAAGUUGGAGCGUGAGAAGGUGCAGGAGUGCAAGCGGAUCCGGGAGCAGGAGCAGCACCGGCACACGGCCACGCUGACAGAGCAGCGUUCCAAAUGGCACGAGGAGAAGCAGAAGGAGCUCCAGGCACUCAGGGAGAACCUGGUCCGCCAGCACGAGCAGGAGCAGGCCCGGACAGCAAAGAUCAAGGACCAGGAGAACCAGCGGCUCAAGGCGGCGCUGAGCGCCAUGCGGGACGGCAGCGGGGAGAAGGUGCGCACGGCGCUGACCCUAGAGGCCAAGGAGGAGGCACGGCGCUUUUUCGACGUGGAGAGGGUCAAGCUGCUGCAAGAGAUCUCUGAGCUCAAGCAGAACAAAAAGCAGACGGACGAGGCGCUCAGCACCAUGAUCCAGGCGGAUAAGAUGAAGGCCGGGGAUCUGCGCUCCGAGCAUCAGAUGCACCAGGAACAGAUCUCCAAGAUCAAGUGGGACAGCGAGAAGGACAUCCGCAGACUGGUGGAUGAGAUCAAGUCCAAAGAGCGCACCAUCUUCUCUCUGGAGAAGGAGCUGGAGAAUGCCAUUGGUUUGCUGCAGAAGAUGCAGAUGCAGAAGGAUGCCCUGGAUGACCAGCUGUUCCUGGUCAAGGAGGCAGAGUGUAACCUGGGCAGUCCCAAGAGAGAGAUCCCUGGGCGGGCUGGGGACGGGGCGGAGCACUGUGGCAGCCCGGUACGACAUAGAAAGGCAGAGGGGAACUUGGAAAUGGACAUGCGCAGGAACCAGAGGCGCAUGGCUGACCUCAACUCCACCGUCCGCAAGCUGGAGGACCGCAACUCACUGCUAGUGGACGAGAGGAAUGAACUGCUAAAGCGUGUGCGGGAGUCGGAGAAGCAGUGCAAGCCCAUGCUGGACAAGAACAAGAUGCUGAACAAGAGGAACGAUGACCUCAGCCAGACCCUGCAGCGCAUGGAAGAGAAACUCAAAGGCCUGGCCAAAGAGAACCUGGAGAUGAAGGAGAAGAUCAGCUCCCACCCACCGCUGAAGAAAUCCAACUGUAAGUCUCUGAAUGAUCUGGACCAGGCACAUGACGACCAGGAGAUUGAGUUCCUUAAGCUGCAGGUGCUGGAGCAGCAGAGCAUAAUCGACGACCUGACAAGAGAUAGGGAAAAGCUCUUGCGGAAGAAGAGGCAUAAACGAAGCAACAGGCCAAUAAAGAGGCACAUUGUAGUGGACACCUUCUUUGGAUACGAUGAGGAAUCCAUGGACUCGGAGACAUCCUCCUUGGCUUCGUUUCGCAUGGACCGCACCCCAGCCACUCCUGAUGAAGACCUGGAUCAGGGACUGGCUAACGAGGAGUCGGAGCUGCGCUUCAGGCAGCUGACCAGAGAGUACCAGGCCUUACAGAGGGCAUACGCCCUGCUACAGGAACAUCAAGGGGGCCUUCUGGAUGCUGAGAUGGAAGCUAAGGCUCAGGAGCAGCUCCAUGCAGAUGUUCUCAGGUACAAGGCCAAGAUAGAAGACCUGGAGAAGGAGCUCGCCCACAAAGGACAGGACUCCAAGUGGGUAGAGGAGAAACAGCUGUUCUUCAGGAGGAAUCAGGAGCUGCUGGAAAAGGUGGAAAAGUUGGAUGGAAAAUGCAGUCGACAGCAACAGGAGCUGCAAGACUCCAAGGACCAGAAUGAGCUCCUGGAAUUCAGAAUACUGGAGCUAGAGGAGCGUGAGCGGAAGUCCCCUCCGUUUAAUCAUCUCCGCAUGCAUCCGUUCUCCGAGGGUGUCAGCGCCCUUCAGAUCUACUGCAUGAAGGAAGGAGUGAAGGAUGUCUGUAUACCUGACCUGAUCAAGCUGCUAGACAUUCUGGGUGAUAACGGGAACUUGCGAAAUGAGGAGCAAGUGGCCAUUAUUCAAGCUAGCACUGUCCUCUCUCUUGCUGAGAAGUGGAUACAACAGAUUGAGGGCACAGAGGCAGCGCUGCACCAGAAGAUGAUGGAUCUGGAGCUAGAGAUGGAGAUGUUCUGCAAGCAGAAAGGCUAUCUGGAAGAGGAGCUGGAUUACAGGAAGUCAGCCCUGGAUCAGGCCUACGUGCAAAUCCAGGAGCUGGAGGCUACUCUGUACAACGCACUGCAGCAGGACAAGGUGAUCGGAUACGGCGAGCCUCUGAGUGACAUGCAGAAGGACGAGCUGCGUACAUCCGUGGAGAAGUUACGCAGGCAGAUGCUGAGGAAGAGCAGAGAGUUCGACUGUCAGGUCCUGGCUGAGAGGAUGGAGCGGCUCCACCAGGCCCAUCAGAGAAUCCGGGACUUGGAGGAUAAGACAGACAUCCAGAGGAGACAAAUUAAGGAUCUGGAGGAGAAGUUUUUGUUUCUGUUCUUAUUCUUUUCUCUUGCCUUUAUCCUUUGGCCUUGAUGUCUUUGACAUCUCCUGCAGCAGAGACAGUGUGGCAGCUUGGAGAUUGUGUUUGUGACUGCAGUGGUUUACAUUUUUUGGUGAAGGGAGUCAUAUUUUUGGAAAUGGACAUGGCUGGGAAUUCACACCUGUUUGAUUUGGGACCUCACUCUGGGGAUACACACCAUGUAUGCUGCACUGCACUGCACUGUCCUGAUCCUUGGAACAUCCCUAAACUCAGUUGGGUAACAGGAACAGAACCCUCAGUUGGAAAACACACACACACAUCAUUCGCAAAAACUCAUAUACACUGGACACACUAAUACUAACAUACUGGAAACACAU